AAAUCUAGGGAAGAAUUGAAGAUGACUGAAGCCGAAGCCAUGAACGUCGACGGAGACGGUGACGGCGCUGAUGAGACCUUCCGUAGCUGCCUGAGCAGCUUGCUGGACACCGGCUCCGUUGAGAGCCACAGGUACUAUCUCGCUCGGAAAACGCUACUCGAAAUGCUUAGGGAUCGUGGAUUCGCUGUCCCCAAUUGUGAGAUUGAGCUUCCGCUUGAUGAAUUCCGCACUAAGCAUGGCGAUAAUCUCGAUGUCGAUGGAUUCAGGAUUUCUUCUCUUCACAAGGAUGAUCCUUCUAUCAAGGUCCUAGUACUAUUCUGUGAACCAGGCAUUAUUAAAGUCAAUACCGUGCGUGGCAUUACAACAAAGAUAGUUCAUGAAGGUCUGGAUAGGCUUAUAUUAGUAGUGCAGGGUAAAAUGACUAGCCAGGCCUUAAAAGCUGUCGGACUCUUCACUUUAAAAGUCGAAAUUUUCCAGAUCACCGACUUGCUUGUCAAUGUAACAAAGCACGAACUGAAGCCAAAACAUCAAGUGCUCACAGAUGCAGAGAAGGAAAAACUACUGAAGCAGUACAGCAUUGAAGAUAAGCAGCUGCCACGGAUGCUGCAGAAAGAUGCAAUAGCUCGUUAUUACGGGCUCGAGAGAGGGCAGGUUGUUAAGGUCACGUACAGUGGUGAACUGACGCAGCUACACGUAACAUACCGUUGUGUUUGGUGAAGUUGCUUUCAAUGCGUGUUUUAGUAUUAUAGGGCCUCUUUUGCUGCCAUGUAUUUUAGGACUUAACUAGAUACUUAUGGCCCUCUGACUGCUUACAACUUUGGAACUUUCUACCAUGACUGUAUCUUUUUUUUUUCUGCGUGUUUUAGUAUUAGUAAGAUGUUUUCACUUUGCUAGGAGGUGUUUGUGUAUGUUUCUCAGAAAAAAACUAAACAAAAAAUGAUUCUAGAUUGCAAUAUUAGAUGAUGUGAUGACGAGCUUUCAAUA